GCCGCCGUUCCCGCUCGGUGCGGCCGAGCGGAGCCGCCGCGAUGUCCGGCCCGGCGCAGGAGCCCGACAGCGGGGCAGAGUCCCUCUCCUCGGAUGAAAAAGAGGUGACACCCAAUGGCAUGGAGGGAUCGGGAUCGGGAUCGGGAUCGGCCGAGGAGCACCAGGAGGGAGAAGCCAGCUCCGAGGAGAGCUCCAGCAGCAGCUCAGAAGAGGAGUCAGACGAAGAACAGGAGGAGAAGGAAUCCCCACCUUACUGCAAUGAGUCAGGAGGGAGCUGCUUGCCACCCUGUGAGCACUGCAGGAAUGAAAAUGACCAGAAGGAGCAGGUGACCCCCAGGAGACUUGCUGGAGGACAAUUUAUGGUGCAGCUGGAUGCAGAGGGCUCCUACCAGUGCAGCGCCACGGGGCUGAUCUUCGAGGUGACGGGGGCAGCCGGGAUCACGUAUUCCCUGCUCUCCUGGAGCAAGUACGCGCGGCUGGUGCAGAAGCCCUGGAUCGUGGGCGGGCCCCUGUUCGACGUGCGCUGCUCGGCGCCCGCCGCGCUGCUCUCCAUCCACUUCCCACACUGCCUCUGCCUGGGCGAUCACGAGGCUGGCGUGGCCUUCAAGGUGCUGCACAUCAAGGGCGGCGGCGCGGCCAUCGAGCCCUCGGCCGAGUUCUCGGCGUCGCACGUCAAGUGGGUGGUGAGCUCCCUGUCCCCCGUGGGGCCCCUGAUCCACAGCCACCAGCCCCUGCAGUACCACGGGGCUGUCAUCCUCUACAAGGCCAUCGACGAGCACCCCUCCCUGUCCUUCUGGGUCUACCUGGCCACCAACAACGACUCCUUCAUCAAGGAUAUCUCAAAGACUGUAAAACACUCGAAAAGGAAAUUUGUUCAAAUUGAAAAGCCCCCUGUGUGCCAAAAAUUGCUGCAGGAAGGAAAGAAGUACAGGCUGAUCUGUGAGCCAGAAGCUGAAAUAACUCCUGAGGAGAUUGAAUUUGUUGACGGGUCACUGUUGAAGCUGAAGAGUUACUUUGAGGUGUAUUUGGAGAAGCCUGAUGACUUCACCUUGUCCCUGGUGGAGCAGGACUCGGAUGAGACCGUCUGGAAAGCCAGGCUGAGAGAGAGGGAUUGGAUCCAUUAUGACCUGAACAAGAACGAGCAGAAGAGGAGCACAGGCAGUGUGAAGAAGAGGAAGCCAGCCCUCGACAUCCUGGAGGAAGAGGGGCUCCACAGCAAAAAGCACAAAACUGGCAGCGCUGCAGAUGGAAUGGGAGCAAAAAGCUUAACGGACCAACAGCUGCUGGUGAUUGCCAAGCUCCUGGACCGGAGCUGGAGGGAAAUGGCCAUCGAGUGUCUCCAGAUAGAGAUGAAGGACAUCGAUGACAUCCGGGCCAUGGAGGAGGACGUGACCAUGCAGAAGCUCCUGGUGCUGAGGAAGUGGAGAGAGAGGGAGCAGGGCCAUGGCACUGCAGAGGCUUUGCAGAGGAGCCUGGGGGAAAAAGCCACCUACGAGAUCCUGCAGGCGCUGCAAGGUUUCUUGGCUCAGAGCUGAGCCAGCUGGAAGGAGGAGGAGGAGGAGGAGGUGGGAGCUUCCCAGUCCAACCAUUCUGCUCCCCAGGGAUCCUGCUGGGACUCAGGAAUGUUCCUGGAGGGAAGUUCAGGCAGGAUCCUCCAGAGAAACGUGAAUGGAAUUUGGUGUGGACAGGAGCCACUUCCAAGACCUUCAGGAGAGGUGGAUCCUGGAAUUCAGGGAAAGCCACUCCAGGAGGACACAAACACUGGAAGAAACCACUUGAUCUUUUUCAUCUCCUGGAAAAGAUUUUUAUUUCCAUCAGGGAAGAACCAGGGAGAAGAAUUCCCCUGGAAACUUUCAUCCCCUUCCAAAAAAAACCCACUGAACUGCCAGAAUCGUGAGGUGCAUUGGAUUUCUCAUGGAUCAGGGAAGAAUAAUCCUAAACUUGUACCAAAUUCCUUUGCUUAAUCACUGUAUACAUGGAAUUAUUGUACAGAUCCUCUACAUCCAGUCCUUGUUAAGCUAAGGUUCUGCUUCCUGAAAUUCCCAAAGAUGGGAACACCACUAUGAACUCCAGGCAGCUGCAGGAAUUUCCCCAUGGAAUUUCUUCUCCCCUCUUUUCUGUGUAGCUUGUCUCCAUUUUUUACGUUGUAUAAUUCUUUUUUCUUUUUUUUGUAUGAGAAACUUUUUAUACUUCUUUUUAUUUUCUUUUUGUACGUGAUUUAUUCGAAUUUGGAUAGAAUUUAGGUGCUUAAAAUGUGAGGAGCCAAAAUCCUUGUGCUGCAGGAUUGGGAAAAAAACUGGGGAAAAUGAAAUUUGCAGAAGAGAGGAGUGACCAGAUCCAGGACUGUCUUGUUUUCAAGGCUGUGGGAUACCUGGGAUGAACUUCCUCUGUCAAUGUUUGGGAAAGGAAAACAUACUUUUGAAAAAUAAGGAUUAAACAGGAAAAAUCUCCAUGA